AUGGCUCGCGGUGCGAAGAGGACGAGAGGAAAGAAGGAUUCGACGACGAGGAUCAGCAAGACGGUUGCCGACUUCAUUCAGGCACAUCUCGUGAGGCCAAAGGAGAAGAAACGAUCAACAGUCGCCGAAGUGAUCGACUUAACGUCGGAUGGUGAAGAAGACGUUAAAAUGGAUGAUGGUCGAACGGCGUCACACUCUUUUGUUUCGGAUGGCCUUCUAACGGACGAGGCUGCAAAGAUCAAGAAGAAGGUCGAGCUUGAGAAUCCUCCGAGCUGGAGCGACGAGGUGACUGACCUAGAGCCGAAUGGGGAAGCCCCCGGGGAUGGACUGGAUGUGGUUGGAGGCGCCACUCCCACUCAACAUGAACUUGGCCAGGAGUUGGUGGGUGAAUUAGUGGAUCUUGUAAUCCCAAAAUACGAUCACUUGGUACUGCCGGGCGAUGGGAAAUCGGGACUUUUGCUCUCCGAUUUCCCGAUUGCACCGAUGAGGAGAAUGGCGCAGUCGAUUGGAUGGGGCGCCGCUUCGGGGCGAUUGGCUGGCAAAAGCCGCUCGGGUUCGAGCCCCGGAAGCGGAAUGAAUUUUGUACAGAACACGAAAUGG